AUGGCAGAAGCGUCGAGCCAGACGCCGGCCACGGUGUCGACUCCCUCGUCGUCGGCCGCCGGCACCGUCACAGGGCCCCAGCCCUCUGUAUCGCACGACCACUCGGUCAAUGGCAGCCAGCACGACGGAGACAACAGCUUGGACUCGUCGACCAAGGCCCCCAAGGACCGCAGCUGCCCGUUCUGCAACCAAGCCUUUACCUCUUCCUCCCUCGGCCGCCAUCUGGAUCUCUACAUUAAGCCCAAGCCGGCCGAUGGCAUCCACGACGUCGAAAAGAUCAAGGUCAUGCGAGGCGGCAUCACGAGACGCCAGCCGAGAAACAGUCUGAGGGCCAGUGCAAACAACAACAGCAGGCUUCAACACGACGAAGAUGCCGCCAGCGACCGCGGCACCCCGACCGGCCAGUGGGGUCGUCGGAUGACCAUUUCGUCCCAGGACACAGCUGGCGGCGCCUCGAGCGCCAUGGGCGUCAGCCCCGUCAACCUGCGCGACCCCCGUUUCGGCCUCAACACUGCAACCUGGCAGGGUACUGGCGUUAUCAACAACCUACCGCCGCGCAUGUCCGAUGAAUCUCAGGACAAUGCAAAGGCUGCCGAGUUGGCUCUGCGUGAACUUCUCGACAGUCUCGAGGCUGCCAGACGCCGAGUCUCGCACCAGGAUGUUUUCAACUUCGACUUUUGCUCCAUGAACUUCCCCUCGCUCUGUCUGCACGCGCUUCCCGCUCCCCAAACCCUCUUCUCCAUGACGCCUUUUGCUAGCAGUGACUCGUGGUCCCUCGACGUUCCCUCGGAUGCCCAGCUCGAUGCCCUCCAACGCCAGAUCACACAACGUGUUCAACAGAAGCCCACGCCCACUCCUGAAAAAGAUGUCCGCAGAUUACAGAUGCAUCUACAAGCUGCCUGGAACAAUUGGUCUCCCCUAUCAGACAAAGAUAAAAGCUCAACUUGGGGCAUUGAGAUUUUGCGUGCCUUUGCUCGUGCCGAUCAGCGCUCAAAAGAGAAGGAGGAGGAAUUGGUCAAAGCACAACAAGAGAUCGCCCAGCUCAAGGAGCAGUUUGCUCGAAUGAGCAACCUCCAAUUGCCCCGCGAGUUCAUGCUGCAGCCGCCCGUCUCUCUACCCCUCGACCCUGCCAUCGUCUCGGAUAUGUUGACCAAGGACCAAUCUCGCGACUGGGACUACGACCGUAUGAUUGGCAGAUGGAGGGGCGCUGUUAAGGCCGGCAAGCUUGGAGGUGCUGCCGUCAGCCUACAACCUACGCCAAAUGAACAAACUGCUAUCUCGACUCCAUCGGGUCAUUCUACUGCCCUGGCAAGAAAUACCCACCCCGCUGCUGCUCAGCUGCCUACAACCUCUCCUUACGAUACAAGAGUCAACCAAACUCCUCUCCAGAACGGACAUGCAUCUGCCCAUGGACCCGCCUCUCGUCAACUCGGCGCCCACCAGAUUGACGACGACGAAGAUGCUGACGCUGAUGCCGACGCCGAUGCUGAUGCAGACGCUGACGCUGAUGCAGAUGCAGACGCUGAUGCCGACGGCGAAGAUGCCCCAAUGGGCAACGCACCGCACUGGGGCUCUCACCCUCAGCACAGCUUCGGUAGCGACACCCACAUGGGUGGCAUGACCAACGCUAACGGCAAGCGUCCCCUUCCUCCCUUCGAUCGUUCCAACUCCAAGAACGCGAAGAUGUACCAUGAUAGCCCUCUUCCUUCCGACACCGAUGUCUUUGGGACCCGUGCCGUCGGUCAGGUUUAG